GAUGAGUUUUUUUUUUUUUUUUUUUUUCACUCACUCACUCCAGAGCUGUGUGCACGCGCAUUAGGUGACCCAAAUCAGUGCUGAAGCAGACAAGGCGAUAGUAACAUUCCCAACGUGGUUCAUCGAGUUCGAGUAAGAGCUACAUUUCCCAUUUAGAGGUGAGCCCCUCAUUACUCCAGCAGCCAUGGCAGACGAGGCCGACAUGCGCAACGAGCUGACAGACAUGCAGGCCAGAGCGGAUCAGCUAGGCGAUGAGUCUUUGGAAAGCACUCGUCGCAUGCUGCAGCUGGUUGAAGAGAGUAAAGAUGCUGGUAUCAGAACUUUGGUUAUGCUGGAUGAACAGGGAGAGCAACUGGAGCGCAUCGAAGAGGGAAUGGAUCAGAUCAAUAAGGACAUGAAAGAAGCAGAAAAGAAUUUGACGGAUCUAGGAAAUCUCUGUGGUCUAUGUCCAUGUCCAUGUAACAAGCUGAAAGGUGGUGGCCAGUCAUGGGGUAAUAACCAGGAUGGGGUGGUGUCCAGCCAGCCGGCGCGUGUGGUCGAUGAACGUGAGCAGAUGGCCAUCAGCGGAGGAUUCAUCCGCAGGGUAACAAAUGAUGCGCGAGAGAACGAAAUGGAUGAGAAUUUGGAACAGGUGGGAGGUAUCAUCGGUAACCUCCGCCACAUGGCUCUCGACAUGGGCAACGAGAUCGACACCCAGAAUCGUCAAAUCGACAGGAUUAUGGAUAUGGCCGAUUCCAAUAAAACCAGGAUCGACGAAGCCAACCAGCGCGCCACAAAGAUGUUGGGAAGUGGCUAAACCCCUGCGAGAAAUGCUUUGGCUCCCCUUUCCCUCCCCGCUGUACCUGCAAGAGUGCACAUGUGCUUUUACCGUGGUUUCACCUGACCGGUUUUCACACAUGCACUUAUCAGCCCCUCUACGCUCUAUCUAGGAAGUGUCGUCGUGUGUCUGUCUUAACCGAUAGUCUAGGAAAUGGUCACAUUUACUCUGUAUCUUUCUCUCCAAAGGUUAAAUGUACAUAGUGCAUAUUUGAUGGCUAGAGCUCAUGUCAAGUUUCUUCUUCUUCUUCUUUUGAUGGUUACUUUGUUUUUUAAGUGAAUAUUUAUUAAAUAUAUAUACACACAUUUUUUGGAAGAAAUUUCUUAAAGAUUUUCAGUCAUCUGUGUGUCCAUGCUCUGUGUUUUACGCUAUAUAAGCCAUGGUUCAUAUUCAGUUGUAGCGAAACAGAAGAUGAAUUAAUGCCUGUUCACACCAAGCACGAUAACUAUAAAGAUAACGAUAAAAAUAUAGUUCUAAAUAUCGUUCUCAUUAUUAAAGAAUAGCGGAGUUCACACCACAACUAUUACUAUAAAAGCACAGAGAAACGAUAUCGUUGGAAUCACUUUCAGAACGAUUUUUUUUUUUCUGAUGAACGAUAAAAACAUUGCCAACCAAUCAGAAUCAAUCCUGCUGUAAUGAGCUCGAGAAUUUAAAGCAGCAGACGCGCGUCUGCUUAGAAUACACAGACAAUAUCGUUCGCUAGUGUGGACACUAAUAUCGUUAUCUUUAUAGUUAUCGUUCUUGGUGUGAACGGGCCUUUAGACUGUGAGGUGCAGGAGAUCACAUGACAGAUUUCUUAUCUUAGCCUGCCAUUUUGUAAUGACCUUUAGACAAUGUUCAGUAAUGAUUCUCCACCUAAAUUGGUCUGUAUGUAUACAGCGUGUCACUUUCACUUAUUAUUACCCGCAUCGUUCCCGAUGUAUUGACUUUACCGUAAAGCAUGGGCAUAUAAGUACAUGCAUUCGGUUUGGAGUAACAUCACAAUAGUGCCACUCUUUUUAUUUCUGUGUGUCUGCAAAAUGUGUCAGUUGAUGUAAAAUCGGAACUAAAUGCCUAUAAAAACUAAACAAACAUGAA